AUGUCCCAGACCAUUCUCCUCACCGGCGCAACAGGCUCACUCGGAGCCUCGACGCUGGCCCGCCUGCUCUCCGACACCAACUUCACCGUCCUCGCGGCGCUGAGGUCCUCCGCAAAGUCCGAGCCCUUUCUUCGAAGUAAGUACGCCUCGCACGUCUCGUCGGGCUGCCUCUCGUUCGUCGAAAUCCCGGACAUGACGGCGCCGCACGCCUUCGACGGCCCAGCCAGCGUUGCCGACUUCAUCAUCCACAUCGCCACGCCGCUGGCCUACGACGACGUGGUCAACACGGUGAUCAACCCCAGCUGGCCGAUCGUGCGCAAUGUCCUGACCGCCGCGGACAAGUCCCGCCGCGUCAAGAGGGUCGUCGUGACGGGGAGCCUCGUCGCCACGAUGCGCAUCCCCGAGGGCUUGUUCGCGGGUGCCACCAGCAGCACCAUCUCCGAGGCGGACUGGAAUCCCAUCUCGCGGGACGAAGCACCCACAAGUCCCUCAACGGCGUACCAGUACUCGAAGGUGCACGCAGAGAAGGAGGCGUGGAAGUUCAUGAACGAGAGGCACCCCACGUUCGACUUGGUUUUCUUGCUCGCGCCGUCGAUCACGGGGAGGAGUCUGCAGGAUGGGUUCAAGCCCGAGAGGGGACACCUGGGCGGCCAGCCGGGGUUGUAUACGGGGUUAUUCGACGUCGAGAGGCCGGGGUUCCUGUUUCCGAUGUUUGCAGAUGUCGACGACGUGGCCCGCAUCCACGUCGACGCCCUAUCGCCCCGUAUCCCGGGUAAUCAAAGGUACUUGUUCCAUUCGCCGGAGCUGAUGGCGCCGAAUCCCAUUGCGGCGGCGAUCCGGGAGGAAUUUCCUCAAUUACGGGAUCGUGUUCCUGCCCCGGUUCCGGAAGAGGGGAGUGGUAGUGAUGAUGGGAUGCCCGCGAACUUGGUCAAGACGGACAUGUCGAAGUUUGAGAGUGCGUUCGGGAAACGGACGUGGAAGUCUGCGAGGGUGUCGGCCUUGGAGGCGGUGCAGGAUAUUGUGGAUUAUGAGGCGAGGGGCCGGACACGGGCGGGUAAGACAUGA